CCCCGGCAACGGGACGGAAUAUUUGAUAUUUUUGUUAAUCCGAUAUUAUGGCCAUGGGAAGAAAUCAAGAAAAUGUUAGUUUUGACAAGCGGUUGGCAGCAGCGCAGCCCAGGGCAGGCCUGAUAUAAUAUCUGCUUUAGACGGCUUUUCCUUUAGGGUUGACUUUCAAACAAUCGUUUUCUUUAAACUCAGAUUUUUAAGCUUAUCUCCAAAACCAAAAUGAACAGCAGUACUGGGUUUAAGGUUCUUAAUCCAAGAUUUACACAUUGUCUUCAGCCUCUUUGCUUUGGCUUCUGCCUUCACUGUUUUCUGACAUGGGAGAAUGAACUACCAACAGAGAAACAUUUACUCUUUGUAUAGUAGAAUUUAACCAGGUAAAGGAAAGGCAAUGGAAGGAAAAAAGAGAAGGGAGGAGGGGGAUGGGGUCCACAGAUCCACGUGAUGGGUGGGCCUGGCGGCGUCAAUCAAACUCAAGUAAUCAAAACCUUACCAAUCAACUCAUAAAUAUCCCUCCCUUACUGCCUUUCAUAAUCUUACAACCAUCAGUCCAGCACCUUCACCGUUAAAAAUCUUUUUUUUUUUGGGUUUAUUUUCCCUUUUAAUUAUGAAUCAUCCAUGGUUAGAGGAGAGAGAGAGUCCUUGAUUUCAUAAACUCGCAAGAAAGAAUAUUUAAAAACUAAUAAAAAAUGGUUCUUUUUUUGAGUUAAAAUUUUUUAGCGAAAGAAAUAGAAAAGAGUAAGAAAAUGUCCGUUCCGGAGUUGAAAGAGAGGCAUGCGGCGGCGACGGAGACAGUAAACAAUCUAAGAGAGCGACUAAGGCAGAGACGCAAUGAGUUGCUCGACACUGAUGUCGCCGGAUAUGCAAGGUCGCAGGGAAGGAGUCCAGUUACUUUUGGCCCAACGGAUUUGGUUUGUUGCAGGAUCUUGCAAGGUCACACUGGCAAGGUAUACUCAUUGGAUUGGACCCCGGAAAGGAAUAGAAUUGUCAGUGCAUCCCAGGAUGGACGCUUAAUUGUAUGGAACGCUCUAACAAGCCAGAAAACUCAUGCCAUAAAGCUGCCUUGUGCAUGGGUUAUGACAUGUGCUUUUUCUCCCACAGGUCAAUCGGUUGCCUGUGGUGGUCUUGAUAGUAUGUGCUCUAUUUUCAACUUGAAUUCUCUAACUGACAGGGACGGAAACCUACCUGUAUCAAAAACCCUUAGUGGGCAUAAGGGCUAUGUCUCCUGCUGUCAGUAUGUUCCAAACGAAGACAUUCACAUUAUUACGAGUUCUGGUGAUCAGACCUGUGUUCUAUGGGAUAUUACUACAGGCCUCAGAACUUCCAUUUUCGGGGGAGAAUUUCAAUCUGGACAUACUGCUGAUGUGCUAAGUGUCUCCAUUAAUGCAUCAGACUCAAGAACGUUUGUCUCUGGUUCGUGUGAUGCGACUGCCCGAUUGUGGGAUACUCGUGCUGCAAGUCGAGCAGUGCGUACGUUUCAUGGUCAUGAAGGUGAUGUUAACACUGUGAAGUUCUUUCCAGAUGGCAAUAGGUUUGGAACUGGAUCAGAUGAUGGAACUUGCAGGUUGUUUGACAUCAGAACUGGUCACCAAUUGCAAGUAUACCAUCAGCAGCACGGUGAUAAUGAGGUUCCACAUGUGACCUCCAUUGCUUUCUCCAUAUCUGGAAGACUUCUCUUUGCUGGAUACUCAAAUGGAAAUUGCUAUGUGUGGGACACUUUAUUGGCAAAGGUUGUUUUGAACUUGGGAUCUCCCCAGAACUCACAUGAGGGCCGGAUUAGCUGUUUGGGUUUGUCAGCUGAUGGUAGUGCCUUGUGUACAGGAAGUUGGGAUACAAACCUCAAGAUUUGGGCAUUUGGAGGGAACAGAAGGGUGAUUUGAGUCCUAAGGGAACCAUUUCUAUAUUGCGAGUCCUCUCCAUCUCAGGACUUCUUCCUAACGCUGUCCUUCUUGUAUUACCCCUAUCUGGAAGAUUCCUUUGUAUUUCAAUCAUGUUCGUGGUUUGGGAAACCCCAAUCUUGCACUGUUGUAACUUUUAUGGAGAAAAGCCAUUUUCAUUAGUGCAUAAAGAGGGGUAAAAAGGUAGCAUUGCUUGUGAACUUAUAUUGGCAGCAAGGUUCAUUUGUAUUCUUUUAGCUUGGCCCGAUUUGUGUAUUUUUUUUCCCCCAUAGUAACAACUAAUUGAACCCGAGAGCUACCAACUAAAUUGUCCCACUUUGGUUUUCAUUCCUUCUCCCAGUUUGUGUAAUGUAACAUUUGUGUUUUAUAGCAGUCGAAGUAAAUUUCUACUUUGCUGUUUACCCUUGGCAGUCUAGGCCUCAUUCGGAAUAAGGUCCUUUUCUUUCUCUUUGGCAUGUCUGUAUUUGAGAACACUAUCUAGAAGCAAAAACUCUUGUAAAACCCUCUUCAAGAAAGGGGGCAUUUCACCUCAUAUUGUUCCUUUAAAUUACCAUUUAAAGUACCGAUUAGAACAGGCCUUUUAACAGAUCACCAUUAGGACCAGAAAAUAAUCGGUUUUUGAUUUUUUUUUCUGUAUUCUUGAAAGACGAAGAUCAAGUACAAAUGUACAAUCCAAUUGAAUCUACAAUUAGGAGCAAUUAUUUAUAGGAGAAUUUGAGCAUUAGAAAGUUCGUUUCAAUCAUCACAACUCUUAAGUCGAACUUCAUAUUGGCAAAUAAACAGGG